GCUUUUUCAUUCGGCGUCUUUAAAUUAUAUAAAUUAUUUAAUUUGCAACUCUCUUCAAGCCUUAGUUGUUAGUAAAGCUUUUUAUGCACUGCCAUCAGUUUCAAAGUACCUCUUCCACCUUCGUCUUUUGCUCUGGAGUCUGGAACAUUCUUCUCCUUCUUCUUCUAAGUAUAAGGGAUGGCGGCACCAGAUACAAGAGUGGCAGAAGCUAAAGAAGUUGGAGAAGAGGCAGCAUCUCCCAUGACUAAGACUUGUGUGUUGAAAGUAUCCAUUCACUGCGAAGGCUGCAAAAAGAAGGUGAAGAAAAUUCUACAGAGUAUACACGGUGUUGACACCAUAGACGUUGAUUUGAGGCAACAAAAGGUGGUGGUAACGGGAAACGUAGACAGUGACAUCUUGAUUAUGAAACUGAUCAACAAGACAGGAAAACACGCCGAGUUAUGGCCACAACCACCACCGCCACCGCCAUCAGAUUCCAAUAAGAAGAAGAAAAAGAAGGUAAAGCCACCAGAAAACAAAGAGAACCAAAACGACGACGUCGCAGAAACCAGCGGAGAAAGCAGCAACAAACACCAAAGCGAGAAAAACGACAAGGAAACCGUUGUUAAAGUCGUCGUUCAAGAUGCGCCUACUAAGAACAGGGUCGAAGAUAAUAACUACAACGCUGCGAAGAAGAAGAACGUUAACGAAGGAUGUGCAAGCGGCAAAGCCGGUGUGCAGAUCCAGGAGCCAAAGCACGAGGUAAAGCAAACGGUGGUGUUACCAGCCGGUAACCCGCCACCACCGGUGACAGAGAAAAAGGUGAGCGUGGCGGUUCAAGUUUCCGAGGAAGGCGAAGCGUCAGGGAUAGAGAAAAGUGGCGGUGCUAAAAACAAGAAAAAGAAAAGCAAAGGGAAUAAUAUCAACAACAACGAAAAUGAAGGUUCUAGUAAUGUUAGUGCCACUGGCGAAGCUCCUGUCACCAGCGGUUCCGGUAGCCAGCCACAUGGUCAAGGCCAUUGUCAUGGUCAUGGUCAUGGUCCAGAACCUGUUCCUCCUCAGGUUGCAGGUCCAGCCAAUGAGAGUCCACCACGUCAUCGUUCGUACCAUCAAUAUCCACCGCAUUACUAUGCUCCUCCUCCUCCUAAUCCUCCUGUUUAUACGGUGAGUUAUCACACAGCGUAUCCGAGCUCCAGCAGAUACGGUAGUGCAUCGUAUUAUGCGCCUCCGCAACCGUAUUCGUACGCACACGUUGUUCAUCAGCAUCCACCGUAUCCACCACCGUAUACUUACGAAUCGGAAUCGUAUACGCCCUCUUAUAAUAAUAUGCCUUCUCAGCCUUCUUCUGACUCAUUCGAGUUCUUUAGCGAAGAGAAUCCCAAUGCGUGUUCGGUUAUGUGAAAUGAUCAUUCUGUGUGAGACCGCGGCGUGAUGUUGGGCACAAUGAAUCAAUGAUUGUACAUUGAAGGGCUUUUCGGACUUUUCACAUACAGCUUGUAUGGGCAUUUGGGUAAA